AUGGCCGAUGAUGCCGCCAAGCCAAAGGAGGAUCCCUUGCGAGAAAUCAAAGCGUCCCUGGACCGGCAGAUGCGCUGUCAGCCUUACGAACGCUUCGACAAGUUCUACGAAGGCGAAGAGUUCGCAGAUGCUCUCUUCACCGAGCUGGUGCCCUGGGGCAAGGAUCAGACCUUCACUGGGCUGACCCACGGCACUCCGAAGGGUGCGCACACGCCGCAUGGUUGGGGUGUUCUGGAGCACCACGAAGGCUUCAUGCAGGCUUGCUCUGUGUGGCUCGACGGUGUUGCCGACGGGCCUGGCAUGUGGGCGAGCACCAUGAAUGGCGUCGAGCAGUGUGGCUACGGCACCUGGGUUCAGGGGAAGCGGCAUGGCUACUUCGCCCUCGUCAAAGAAGGUGGCACUUACAUCGAGGAGUACGAGAUCGGUGAGCUGAAACGGCGCAUAAAGUGGAGGAAAGACAAGCUCCACGCCAAGUGCUCGCGAUGUGGAAUGCUCUUCGUUCCUUUGGCAAACACUGCUGAAGAAAAGUUCUGCCGUUACCACGUUUCAAAGCCCGACUACGACGGUCGCUACCCCUGCUGCGGGGCACUGCAUGCGGUGAACCCUCGAGGCUGUGCAACAUCCAUGCAUGUGGAGCCGCUGCCGGAUCCGCCCAAAGAUGCCGUCGACGGCUUGGCAGAUGCCACAGCAGCCCUGGGGCUGGGAGCUGG